AUGACUCCACCACUAACCAUCCGCAACCUGACAUCGACCCCCCUCGACCUGAAGCUUGUCGAGCGCUAUGAGGCCCCAGGGACAAAAAAGGCCAGGUGCCUGGGCACGCUGAGGGCCACGCUGGUUUCGCCCUCGUCCAAGAAGCUUGCUGAAAACGCCGAGAGCUUCGCCCGUCAAGAUGUGAACAUCCACCUCGAGCCCUUCCGCAGCCAAGCGACCGAUAUCAAGCCACUGGAUCGCGAAGCCACCCACACGCUGCGCCUGACCAUCGAAGCUGACGGCCAGCGCUACCGCAUCGAGCCCUCUCACAGCCAUGCAUCGCAGACCUUCACGCCCCUAGUGCCGGGCCCGAAGCACCAGUUUACGGGCAUUUUCUUUCCCAAGGACAGUUUUCUGGCCGUCUACUCGUCGGCGAAGCUGCAAUGUUGGAUGCGCGAACUGAGCGAUGUCACCCCGCUGUCCGGCCUCUCGAUCCCAGGAACACACAACACGCCUACAUGCCACCGGUCGCUCCCUUCUGUGCGCUGCCAAGCCGUGUCACCCAAGGAGCAGCUCGAGAACGGCGUGCGCUUCUUCGACAUCCGCGUGCAGCCAGAGGAUCCUGAAGAUGCGUCCAAAGAUGGGCUCAUCCUCGUGCACGGCGCCUUUCCCAUCUCGCUGACGGGAUCUAAGCAUUUGCGCAGUCUCAUGCAUGACAUACGCGACUUUCUCAACCACAAUGUUUCCGAGACGGUCAUAGUAAGCCUCAAGCGCGAGGGCACUGGCCAUGCAACCGACCAGCAGCUAAGCAUGAUCCUUCACGACCACUACGCGACCGAAGACCCCAGCUGGUGGUAUACAGAGCCGCGCAUUCCCAAGCUGGGCGAGGUGCGCGGCAAGCUGGUGCUGAUGCGUCGCUUCGCCAUCGACGACAGGCUCAAGGCUGAGCACAAUGGGGCGGGCUGGGGGCUGGAUGCCGAAGACUGGGCCUACAACACGCCGGAUGAUACCCAUGGCACGGUGCGCGUGCAAGACUUCUGCGAGGUUCUCGAAACAGAGAACAUCCAGAUCAAGACCAAGUAUGCAGAGGAGCAUAUGGCUCGAGCGGCCGAGUUGGUUUGCCCGGUUCCCGGCAUCACGACGGAUGCGGUCAAUCCUGUGCCUCCAGGACCGCUGUAUUUGAACUUCCUGAGCGCGAGCAACUUUUGGAAGGUGGGCUGCUGGCCGGAGAAGAUCGCGGCCAAGCUCAACCCGGCAAUGAUAGAGUACCUGUGCAUGAAGCAUCAUUGUGACGCUAGCCAUGGAGACGGCAGCACGGGCAUUGUGGUGUGCGACUGGGUGGGAGGGGACGGGGACUGGGACCUGGUCAGGUGCAUUGUGGGAAUGAACAGCUUUUUGGAAAUGAGGGAGAAGCAGCUGGCCGCUUGA